CACAGAGAUACAACCAUGGCACCUACAGUCACUGCAGCAAUGAACUAUUCCAAUGAGCACCUGACUCUGGCUAACAAGCUGAGAAAGCCACUGGUUGAAAAGAUGCGCAGAGAUCGAAUCAACAGCAGCAUCGAGCAGCUCAAGUCUCUCCUGGGCCCAGAGUUCCGUGGCCAGAAUUCCAACUCCAAGCAGGAGAAAGCCGACAUCCUGGAGAUGACCGUUUGCUUCCUGAGACGGCAGCAUCAGCACCAGCACCAGUCAGCGAACAGCACAUCCUGCUCUUCAGCUGUCAGUGAGGGCUACUCCAGGUGUGCGCAAGAGAUUGUCAGCUUCCUGUCUCGCUGUGAAGUGAAGACACCGUCCCAGAGAAGACUGCUGAGCCAUUUCCAGAGCCCACAGCCAUCCUCUGACAAGAGCAAGAUUCAGUUUGCAGUGCCUCAGCUGAGCUCUCCAGCACACAACACCAGCAGCAAAGAGGACACUCCAGCCAGCAGCGCCCUCUGGAGGCCCUGGUAGAGUUCUGCAGAUUGUGUCACAAUUGCCAAACCAACAGAAUUGAACAUGCCUGUCGUAGAUGGGCAUGGGCAGCGAUUCUCAGGAUGUAGGAAGUAUUCUUCCUCUUCUGCAUUUGCAGGAGGUUUACUACUCUGCUUUCAUUAAGUGAAAGCCCAAAAAGACUGAAUGGCUCUUUCCAAUAUUUGGUGGAUACUUAAUAUCUUAACUAUUUCUUUUCAAAUUAGAAAUGUUUGGUUGAUGUAAAAUUUUCAGGUUUUUAUUGUUACUUGAUGAUUGAACAAUGUUUUGUCGGCUGUUAAGCCUGCAUUUGUAAAUGGGAUGAUCCCUUUACCCAAACUGGGUGUCAUCUAAAAGUAUUGAUGCUGAUUGCAUCUGGGAAAAAAUGCUUCUGCGAAGGCAAUUAUACAGGUUAUUCUGUAUAUGAGCUCUAGCUAUGAAUUUUAUUGCAUAUGAAAAAAAGAAACUUCUGUGAAGGCAAAAUUUGAUGUUGGCACAAAAGAAAUGCUUUUAGCAAAGUAAUAAUUCCGUAUCUGGAGUUUGAAUACUGGCGCCUGUUAAGAUUCCCGUGAAGGAAGUUUUCUGUUAUUUUUUUAGGAUUUAAAAAUUGUCCUUUAAAAAUGAAUACUCAUUACUAUAUGAUAAUUGUUAAAGUGUUUAAACUUUAAACUCUCUGUUGUCUUUUGAAAAGAUGCUUAUAAAAUGUACAGCUUCCCUGUGAGCUGUCUUGUGUCUUGAAGAGGUCUUCAAACUGGCAGUGAUGUGUUUCACUCUAAGAGUGAUUUCAAUGUAUGAAUAAAU